ACAGCCUGCGGGAGGCUCAGCUGACCGCUCCAGGACCAGGCACGAUCACGUGACCCUCUCACCUUCAGCUUGACUUUUUGAAAUGCUCAGAGAGUUUCUGAUGUCUUCAGACGAGAUGAUUCUGACCAACCACACAGCAGAAAACACCACCGGAGCCGAGGACUGGACGCAGGUGUACGUCGUGGUCAGUUGGAUCCAGCUCGUCAUGGCUGUGCUCAGCAUUCUGGGUUCAGGCUCCAUCAUCUGCUGCCUGAUGUUACGGGGACUCAGCCGGAAGCCCGAGCUGCAGCCUCUGAUGCUGCUCAGCAUCGCAGACCUGCUGCUCGCCGUGUGCUGGCUGAUCGGCUCCAUCCUGUUCUUUAAAGACUGCACAAGCCGGAGCGCGCACUGCUACUACCUGCACAUCGUGGAACAGGUUUUCUACAUGGCCUCCUUCUUCUACACCCUCAACUAUGUUUGGAACCUCUACAAAGGAAUCAAGGAGAAGUACUACAGCUGCAUGGAUGGAUACUCUGUACAGGUUUCCAACCGAGUGAGCACAGCGGGUAAAAUCGUUGCUCUGGUUUCAUGUCUGCUUCCUGUGCUGCUGAUGCUGCCGGUAAUCAUAGAGGGGAACAUCAGCCACUGUCAGGCCAACCUCACCGAACCCUACAGGUGCCUGAUGAUGCACACCGGAGCGCUGUUCCUGAUGUCAGACGAGCAGCCGAUGAGCCAAAGCUGCCUGUACCUGCACACCUACCACAUCACCGUCUUCCUCAUCACCGUGCUCGUCACCCUCCUGAGCAUCACGGUCCUCGUGGUCAAAGCGCGCUGUAUUUACAGGCGCAUCGUGACCUCUAACGGUUACCUGGGCAGCGAGCAGCGGGCCUCGUUCAGCGUGAUGGACCGGAGGAUGGUCCUGUACCCGCUGGUCUUCGUCUUCUGCUGGGGUCCAGCGGUGAUUCUGGCGUUUCUGCGAGUGGCGGAUCCCAUGGCGUGCCAGGGCAAAGCCGGGGUGGUCCUCUACAUCCUGCAGGCGUUAACCUCGGCCUCUCAGGGCUUCUUUAACUGUCUGGUCUAUGGAUGGAUUCGCGUGUACCUGCGCCGAGCCCGCAGGACGGUUUCGUCUCGAGACGUGGACACUCAGACGCCUCUGCUGCGAGCGCAGAAGAGGAGAGGCUACCAGACCCUGCAAACGCUCGCCUGAGACACACUGAGACACACUGAGACUGAGGGGGUGUUUCUGCCAUCUGCCUCAAGAGGAGAGUCUGAACUUUCGCUUUCCUUGAGGGGGGAAAACACUUUGUUUCGGCAUCAAACUUCCACCUCUGAUCCUGAACCACUGAGGCGAGAAAAAGGGAAGAAGCAGGAGGGGGGGGGGGGCUUUACACCGAGAGGAAGAGCGACGCCGAAAACAGGAUUUGAAAGAGACGCGACAUCAUCACCUGUGAGUCCGUCGCACGGACGGGCCUCACGGGGGUUUGUUCAGGCAGGUCACAUGACCCCUGCUAGUCACCGGCGUACAGUGAACUAAAACUUUACUCUCAUUUCCUGAGAAAUGACAGACUCACCUCUGCAGCUCGUUCUCUGCAUUUAAAGAGCGGCUGCUAGAAGCAGAGCGGAUCAGUGUGAGCUCAGCAUCGUCUCCUCGGUUCAGAGUCUUAAAGGAAGCGCGUGAAAAUGAAGACGCGGUUUUUUGGACGUUUGUAUGUUUUAGGAAAUGUGCAAAUGAAAUAAAAUAAUUCAUUGUGUUUAAAAAAUAAAAUGUUUUUUUUGUCCAGAUUUAAUUUCUGAGACUUUUUGUAAAUAUGCUCCUUUAAUCACAUCUGAAUUUGUGUAUUUGUUUUCUUUUUAUUUCUA